AACUAUUGUGGUUCAGCACUUGCUUUCUGUCCGGACGUGUGAGCGGUUGCACAGGUCCUUAGAAUCGCUUGAGGCACGCCAUUGUGGGCAAAUAGUUACUUUUAUAUUACUGGCUCGUCAUUGUGAGCUAGCUUUCUCAGCUGAGUUAUCCCGAGUAUAAUAGCUACAGAACGAACUGUCCCACAAUGGCUACGGACUCCUGGGCUAAGGCAGUAGACGAGCAAGAAGCCGCGGCGGAGUCGAUCAGCAGCCUUCAAAUAAAAGAGAAACCAGAAGAAAAUGGCACAGCUGCAUACGCAACAGACUCCAGAAGCACACCUGCAAAGUCAGAAGCUGAAGGAGAAAACAAGGCUACAGAUGACGAUGACAAAGAGGACAAAGCAGCACAGUCAUUGUUGAACAAGCUGAUCCGGAACAAUCUUGUCAAUACCACUAAUCAAGUGGAAGUUCUUCAGAAGGAUCCCAACUCUCCACUCUACUCUGUCAAGUCCUUUGAGGAGUUGCGACUCAAACCUCAGCUGCUUCAGGGUGUGUAUGGCAUGGGUUUCAACCGGCCAUCCAAAAUCCAAGAGACUGCCUUACCUAUGAUGCUCGCUGAACCUCCACAGAAUCUGAUUGCCCAGUCACAAUCGGGAACUGGGAAAACAGCCGCCUUUGUCCUGGCCAUGUUGAGCCAUGUAGACCCCAACAACAGAUAUCCCCAGUGCCUGUGUGUGUCACCUACCUAUGAACUGGCACUCCAGACUGGCAAAGUGAUCGAGCAGAUGGGCAGAUACUAUCCUGAGGUCAAACUAGUGUACGCCAUCAGGGGAAAUAAAUUGCAGCGGGGUAUGAAGCUGCAGGAACAGAUUGUUAUUGGCACACCUGGUACCAUGCUGGACUGGUGCAGUAAAUUCAAGUUCAUAGAGCCCAAGAAGGUCAAAGUGUUUGUUCUGGAUGAGGCUGAUGUCAUGAUCGCCACACAAGGACACCAGGACCAGAGUAUCCGCAUCCAGAGGAUGUUGCCUAAAAACUGCCAGAUGCUGCUGUUCUCAGCCACAUUUGAAGAAUCAGUGUGGAACUUCGCCAAGCGCAUUGUGCCUGAUCCCAACAUCAUCAAACUAAAGAGAGAGGAGGAGACAUUGGAUACUAUCAAACAGUACUAUGUCUUGUGUAACAGCAAGGAGGAGAAGUUCCAGGCCCUCUGUAACAUCUACGGCGCCAUCACCAUUGCCCAGGCUAUGAUCUUCUGCCAUACAAGAAAGACUGCAGGCUGGCUGGCAGGGGAGCUGUCCAGAGAAGGCCACCAGGUGGCGCUGCUCAGCGGAGAGAUGCAGGUUGAACAGAGGGCCGCUGUCAUUGAACGCUUCAGAGAUGGCAAGGAGAAGGUCCUGGUCACCACGAAUGUUUGUGCUCGAGGUAUUGAUGUCGAGCAGGUUUCCGUGGUUAUUAACUUCGACUUGCCAGUUGACAAGGAUGGUAACCCAGACAAUGAGACAUACCUGCACCGGAUUGGCCGCACAGGUCGAUUUGGCAAAAGGGGACUGGCCAUCAACAUGGUGGACAGCAAGAUGAGCAUGAACAUCCUCAACAGGAUCCAAGAGCAUUUUAAUAAAAAAAUUGAAAAACUAGACACAGAUGAUCUGGAUGAAAUAGAGAAAAUCGCCAGCUAAAGAGGACACCGACUCAACUUGCUUUCCCCUCUUCCCUCUGCCACGACCGUAUACUCCUUCAGUGUUUUAUGUUUAGAUUUUAUUUUUAGCCAUUGGAGAAGAAAGAAAAACCACAAACACAGCAUAUGUUUACAUGUGGAUGUGUCUCCUCUCCGACGAGCGUGUUUUAAGUCUGGAACAUGCCCCAUUUCACUCUUUGUACUUCUUUUAAUAAAGUCUGUGAGUUUAUUGCUGUGUAUCAUGAUGCUGCAAAAGCUGAACACACAUGGAUUAAAAUAUGCUUUUUCGUUUUGGCUGUAGUUGCGGCAUGACACAAGCGAAUCACAAAAACCCUUAUAGAGAACUACCCAUUUCUAUGUGCCACAGUCCUUUUUUUUUAUUUUAAGGAACAAAAGUGAAAUUGAAUGUAACUGUAUCAUGUAGACUAGUACAGCUUUUAAUGUGCUUUGUUAAAUUUAAUGAACUAAGUACAAAGGGUGAUGCUGGGCAUAUUGCUCCAAGCAGGACUUUAACCUCUAAGAUUAUGUUAUUAAGAUGGUGAUGGUUGGGAUUCAAGGGUCUAUGCAAACUUAUUAAUCUGUUUUCACAUUACACAAAUUAAUCCCGAAUUAACCUCAGUUUUAGCAUCAGGGUGUGUAGCCAAAUGCCAAAAAAGGCUCACUAGAUUGAUAAUACACUACUAACUCGAAGUCACUGACAUUCAGAUUUUUCUGUUUAGCCAAUCAUUAGUGAACUACAUCUCAUACUUAUUUAUAUUAUUUUUAAAGCUGUUAACGGCUGUUAUUAGGAUAGGCUUGGUGACGCUGCUGAGCAUUGAUCAUUUUUCCUGUCUGUCAUAAAACUGCAUUUUAAUUGAAAAUAUGACAAGUACUGAUGUGAUCAGUUCCGCUUUGUUUCUCACUGUCCCCCACAAUCUCUUCAAUCAGGGUCUCCAGUUCAACUUUAGCUCAGCUCCAUUCUUCACCCAGACUGUGCUGUUAUUAAGGAUUGUGAAUUUAAAAAAAAAAGCGAUGCCUUCCUCAAGUGCAUUAUAUAUACAUAGGAUUUUGUUAUU